ACUACUGUUGUUUUCGACUUUUCUUUUCCGUAAAAUUCCCACUCUGAAAUGCUAUCCAAUGAAGUGCAAUCGAAAGCAUAAAUUUAUGCGAGUUUCUUUCAUCUUUUUCAUCGUUUUGCUAUUUGUGUGCGGCUCUCUGGCAGACGACAAUAACGCGGAGGAAACCGUGAUUGAAGAUUUUUUUAUAUGCCGCACCUGUGGUAAUGAUGUCAGCGUAGCAAACCUAGCGUUCGACAAAUAUAGCCCUUUGGCAAUUAGCGCUACGAACCACACAUUUGCAGACACCCGGUCCGUUCUAGUACAGGAAGUACAAAACCCGCUCGGGAUUCGGUUUCACAUCUUUCUAGUAAAGCAAGCAUCCUGCGUAAAGAUCCAUCCGUGGACACACAAGUCAACCUGGUUCCCCGGCUACUCCUGGAAGGUUUGUGUGUGUCCCAAGUGCCAUACACUGCUCGGGUGGAUGUUCGAACCUAUUGAGAGUGCAACUGCUGAGCAAAGUUUUCCUUCCGAGGCAGGAUUCUACGCUCUCAUCUUUCAAAACAUUAUUACCGAAGGAUACGUGAAUUCAUUGCUUAUGAAAGAGAAAGCUCUUCGUGAUAAUUGAGACACCCACAUUAGAAACACACUGCGACAAGGAUAAAUCAUGGUUGAUCCAAAAAGGCACAUCAACGUCCUUUCCCCGGAGGAACAAGCGUUUCUAGAGGAAUGUGAAAAUGAGUUUGCGCAUCGGUUCACAGAUUUGGAUGAAGA